AGCCAAGGACAGGUAGAAACCAAUAUCUUUCAAUCCAACUUACUUAGACCUCAAAUUAUUCAUCAUGGGCUCAAUAAUCUCAGCUAUUGGCGGUGGAAUCAGCGCCGUCAUAUUUGCCAUUGCAGAUGUUUUAAUGGUCAUCGUUGGGGCUAUCACGACUGUUAUUGUCACAAUAUUUGAUGUCAUCCUCGAUAUCCUGUGUUGUAGAUGCUGCGGCUCACGUCGCGCAGGCAGACGCACAGGUCGUCGACGCGGGCGCAACAGUGUGUAUUAGGAGAACGCUAGAUGUGGUUGCAUUUUACCCUGGGUCUGCAAAAGCUACUUGCAUACACGCUUGACUGUGUUCCUGUUAUUAAUCUAUCCAUCUGUCCUAAUUCCCAUGCUAUGUUGACGAGUUUUGUAGUUAGCCUAUAUUUCCAAGCAGUUGACUAUAUCACAUACUCAGUCUGUUGGCACUGUCUUUGAAAUUUGAGGUAUUCAGGUGGACAUUCAAAUGAUG